AUGGGGCCCCUCUACACCGCCCUCAUCCUCCUCCCGACCCUCUGGAUAGCCUCCCACCUCCGGGCUCUCUACAACAACUACCGCGCCGCCCUACUCACAGGCCUCCCCAUCAUCAUAUGCCCCUAUGACCCAGAGAGCUUCAUCAUCGCCGUCUUCUGCGUGCCCGCUCGGCCCCUCCUCAAGCGCGUCCUCCCGGCCCGCGCCUUCGCCGCCGUCGAACUCACCAUCUUCGGCUGGGAGUUCCGCGACAAGGCCGCCGUGCACGCCCGCGUCGGCCCGGCCUUCGUCGUCGUCACGACGGGGCUAAACCAGCUCAUAUGCGCCGACCCGGCCAUGGCCCACGCCAUCCUCGCCCGGCGCCGUGAGUUCGUGCAGCCGGCCAUCUCCAUCAAGGUCAUGAGUUUUCUGGGCAUGAACAUCCUGACGUCCAAUGGCGAGUCCUGGUCCCGCCAACGCCGCAUCGUCGCCCCGGCCCUCAACGAGCGCAUCAGCCCGGACGUCUGGAGGGAGACGGCAGAACAGGCGACCUUCCUCGUCGACCUCUUGCUGUCCCCACCGUCCUCCUCCUCCUCCUCCGACCCGUUACCCCCGCACACGCCCGGAACCUCCGACACCAUCCCCGGCCUCCGCUCCGUCGCCAUCAACGUCCUCACCCGCAUUGCCUACGGCCACCGCAAGCCCUUCGCCCUCCCUUCCCUCCCGCGCGACCCGCGCGCGCCCAUGUCCUACGUCGACGCCAUCUCCCUCGUCACCCAGCUCCUCGUCCCCUCCGCCUUCGUCCCCGUCUGGCUCCUCAGCCUGCCCGUCAUGCCGCGCCUGCUGCGCACCCUUGGCGCCGCCCUCGCGAGGAUGCCCGCGCUGACGGCGGACAUGCUCGACCAGGAGCGCCGGCGGGCCGCGGAGCAGCAGCAACAGCAGCAACAGCAGGAUACGACGGCGGCGGGGGGGAACCACGCGCCGGACACCAUCAUGAGCAUGCUCGUCCGCCUCUCGGACCAGGAGAAGAAGAGCCAGGCCGCCGCCACCGCCGCCGCCGACGACGACGACGACGACGACGCAGCGGUCGCAUCGCGGGACAAAAAGACCGCAGCGGCCACCGCGAACAAGACGUACCUCACCGAGGACGAGAUCGCGGGCAACCUCUUCAUCUUCACGGCCGCCGGCUUCGACACGACGGCCAACACGCUCGCCUACGCCGUCACCCUCCUCGCCGCCCACCCGGAAUGGCAGGCCUGGAUCCGCGCCGAAAUCGACGCCGUCCUGGGUCCGCCGGGGCCCCAAGACGACGACGACGACGACGACGGAAAAGGAGAGUUGCCGGACUACGCGACGGCAUUCCCGAAACUGACGCGGUGUCUCGCCGUCAUGGUAAGCCUCUCGAUUCCCCUCGAUCCCAACCAACCCCCUCCAAAGCAAGAGAUACUAAAGACACCACGCCCGAUACAACAGUAUGAGACCCUACGUCUCUUUCCGCCCCUGACCCAUCUCAUGCGCUCCAACGAGACAACCCAAACAAUGUCUUACCCUUCCGCCACCGACUCAUCACCGUCGUCAUCAUCAACAUCACCAUCAUCUUUCACCCUCCGCGCCCCCUGCGCCAUCUACAUCAACACCGUCGCCCUUCACACCUCCCCCUCGACCUGGGGCCCCGACGCCCUCACAUUCAACCCAGCCCGCUGGCUCCAGCCCUCCGUCUCAGGAUACAACGACAGCGAGGCACCGCAGCAACAGCACCUCAUGACCCCGCCUCGCGGCGCCUUCCUCCCCUGGUCCGGCGGCCCCCGCGUGUGUCCCGGCCAGAAAAUGUCCCAUGUCGAGUUCGUCACCGUCAUUGCCACGCUCUUCCGCCGGUGCACCGCCGAGCCCGUCCCGAGGGAAGGGGAGAGCAUGCCGCAGGCGAGGCAGCGGCUGCUGGACCUGACGCAGGACAGCCAGCCCAUCCUAACGCUGCAGAUGAACCGCCCUCAGGAUGUACGUCUGAGGUGGACGAAGAGAUAGAUUAAUCGGGGGUGAUUGGUAUAAGCACCAAGCAACGUCAUUGAGCAACAAGUCUAUCGAGCACGCGAGUGAGUAAAGGAUAUCCAGAGUUCUAUUAGUUAUGGUCCAUGCAAUACUUCUCGACUCGUCACUUCAGUAAACCCCUUUUAAGCCACGCUACCCAGCAAGUCCCAAACCCUGUUGACGCCGUCCCACCAGUCAUUACGCGUGCCUGGCCAGUAUUUUAUGUUCAUCUGGCGCCGUCCUUCUCUAUCUCGUAUUGAAUAUCCUGUAUUUUUGGCUUUCUGUCGACUAGAAUUCAUCCAGCCUGCCCGAUGGCAAGACGGCUUCGCUCGUCAAAAUCACUGUUGCUGGCCCAUGACCCAGUCCAUUGAUUUCGCAGAGAAAUAAGCAGUUCUCAAGGCUACCUUCUCGCGCAGCGUUUGGUUCGCCGCAGUUUCAACGACGUCGCCGAUCUAGUUAACGCCCCGUAAU